UUCCGUGAUUCCCGACGAGAGGUGGAAGUGUGUGUGUGAGUCAGAGAGAGAGAGAGAGAGAGUCGUCUUAAGGUUGGGGUCGGCAUCACCGACAGCUCACAUCGAAAGAGAGUCAGUAACGUGAUCUUACAUCCCACCGCUUGCUUGCUUGUUUCCCACUCCAUAUGAUCAUAGAAACACCACCGCUCACAUGCAUGGCCAUCACCAACAUACACCUGACAUUUGGAUAAUCUAUGGCGACAUAUUAUCCAUGCAUGACAUACUUGACCUUCCUCCUAUACACAAACAAUAGAGAGAGAGAGAGAGAGAGAGAGAGAGAGAGAGAGAGAGGAGAGAGAGAGAGUGAGUUGUCUGCUUGUGUUAGGGUUAGGUUUUUUGCAGCUUCUAAUCUGUUUCUUUCCCACCACCUGUCCCAGAGAGGAUGGAAUUAUAGCAGGUUGAUUCCCUCAGUUCAUUUAAUUUCGAGUCUGAGCCAGAGGCAAAAGCGAAGUCCAUCAAAGAAGCCUGGAAUUCCUUGUUGUGAUCCCUUGAAGGAGGAGGAGGAGGAGGAGGAGGUAGCGGCGGCGGUGAUGGCAACUUCUGGUUCGGCGAUCUCGAGGAGAUCAAGCCCUUCGGAGAGGGACAUGGUGGAGGAAGACGGUGAAGAUAGUCCCAGGAACGGAGGGAGCUCCAGCAACAGCACGGUGGAGGAGAACGAUCGCAAGGUGGCCGUGCGUCAGUACGUCAGAUCCAAGAACCCAAGGCUCCGAUGGACACCUGACCUACACCUUUGCUUCGUCCAUGCCGUGGAGAGGCUCGGCGGCAAAGACCGAGCAACACCAAAGCUGGUCCUCCAGCUGAUGAAUGUAAAGGGACUAAGCAUAGCUCACGUCAAGAGUCACUUGCAGAUGUACAGGAGCAAGAAUGAAGAUUCUGGUCACGCAAAUCCGAGGAACCUGAUGCAAGGCGGCCAGCCACACGCGUACAGUCUCAGCCAUCUCCCCCUGUUGCAUGCCUUCCAUCAAAGGCCCAACAGCAAAUCAAGACCAGAUGAUGUUUCCUGGGGUAGCCACAGAUAUUGGAUGCCGAACCAAAUCCUCGCGAGGGCCAUGGCGACUACGGGAUCAGGAUCUUAUACCGAGAUGAUCCUCGGAGACAAAAGCAGGAUAACAAGCAAUCAAGAUACCGGAAAAGGCAGCGAGACGCAGCUCUUCCAUGAUCACACCGGACAUAAACCGAGAGAGACCGAGAGCUGCUACUUCAGGACCCGAAUCGAAGAGCGGAGGCAGGUGAGACGGGAAGCUGGGGAUCACGAGCCUGAUCUCGCUCUAUCUCUGCAUACAGGACCACGGCAGGAGAAGCGGCCGAAGACACGGGAAGAGGAGCAAGUAGACAGCAACUUGUCACUCGCCUUGUUUCCUCCCUCAUCCUCAAGCCUUGACAUUUGGUCCAGAGAUGAUGCCAAGGCAUCCUCCCGGAGCACAGCAGGUUAGACGGAGGAAGAAGAAGAAGAAGAAGAAGUCAGCAUAGUGUCAAGUACUGGAGGUCUCACCAUACGAUGGCAAUGUGGUGAGAUGUUUAGUACUUUUCCGUAUUGUUUCCAACAUGUAUUUAUUACGACAGAGGUGUUAGCACCCUAAAUAGGGCACUCUAUUUGCCUUGCUUGUGUACUUCCUUCCAAAGAGCAACCCAUGAGAUCUUGUAGGAGAGUUGACUGACUGCAAGCCUGCAUAUUAGUUUUAGCUGUGGAUGGAUAAGUAUUUUUCUUUAUAUAUCUACUCCUCAUCAUUAAUCAUUGUUGACAAAAUCACGCAUCAUUGACCAAA